GACAUCAACGAACGGCGACCGCUGGCUUUGACGUAAUUGUGCAGCCGUAGAGGGAGGCGGACUUUGGUUAUUAAACGGCCAUAGAUCACAGGCGAUCCUACACUUUUCUCUUUUUCGAUCUAAUACCAUUGUAUCCCAUUUGCAAAGUUAGCAGUAUCACAAGAACAUUAAUGAAAUAAUCCGCAUAUCGCAUUGAAGGGAUAAGCAUAAGGCGUGUUUAUAUAAGUCCCUACAAAUACAAAGAGAGAAGAAAAUGGCACCAUCCAAGACCCCUGGCCAGAACAACGCUGCGAGCGAGACCUUCAAGAAGAAGCAAGCUCAGGCUCAAGGGUUAGGUGCGCCUAACGCACACGCGCAUAAAGAGGGACACGUCCCUGGUGAAGCCCCCGUAGCCUCAGACUCGGGUGUCACCGACGUCGGCAUCGAGGGUGGUAGCACCAACGUGCCUGGCGAGAAGGGUAUUAGUGGACCGCGUGUACGAGACGAGCUGGACCAUCAAGGGAAUUCGAUGGUUUAGCCAAGUUCUGCUCGGUAUGUUGUAUGGCCAUGCUGAGAUUUGAUGUACACAAGGCGAAGUAUAUGAGGGUUUGAAAGGAGGAAAGGCUCAGGUACCGAGAUGAUUUAAUGAAGAAUACAAUUGGUACUGCGGAUAUAGAUAAGGAGUAUCUAGUUCUCAAGAGAGGUAAACUUAGACCCUACAAUAUGAUGGCUCGGUUAACACCGUUUA